CUUCAGUGAGCUUCUGGACUUAUAUCUAAAUCCAGCCAAACCCGGGCCCCCCUGAACGUUCUCUCAACUGUAUAAGACGUCCAUAUCUCGAAACUUUGUCUGUCUGUCUUAGAGUCCUGGAAACAACAAAGCAUGACAACAACCGCCCGGGACUUCACUUCAAAUACCACCUCAUAAGCAUACCAUCGCUCGAAUGCAAUGCGUCGACAUGACUCGCAUCUGCUCCUGCCACAGACACCCCCAUCGUAUCAAACAGGUGAACGACAACAACAACAACGAUGGCCGGCCCGGUACCCUUUCUCUACGCUCCCAUUGCAUGUCGGAGCUCGUCAAAACCGUCAUCCGUUUUCCUCCGGGGGAGGACCGGAGGCUGGACUCCUCUAAAGACAUGUUGUCGGACUCCCUGAUCGACGGUUGGCACAGCCUGUACGACCUGGACGAGGACGACGACCACGUCACCCGUUGCGCCGAGAUCAUCGACCAGUGCUUCUUCGGCGGCGCCCUGACUUUUGGGCACCACCUCGACAUCACAGUCCUGAGAGACGACUCGCCCUUUCCCCCAAGCUCGACAGUCCUCGCCCCGCAAGCCGGAGAAAGGCUCGGUACCGCAUCCGUGGCCCACAUCACCCUCAACCCGCAGACUUUCAUCGCCCACGGGACAAGUACGAGACGCCUCACGUUUGCGGAGGUCGUAGAGCAGCUGAUUAUUCGCAUAGCGCACGCAUAUCUUGUCCUCUUCUCCCACCCCGGAGGCUGCGUCUCCGGAGGUUGCGCCUGCCGGCGACGGAGACGGCGGAACGCAACACAGGCAGAUAACACCAAGCACAACAUGGCAGUUCGCCGUGUGCUUGCUCAUGUUUUCGAAACCAUCCAGGAUUGGAAUUCGCUGUUGGAAGAUUUUGGGCGCGGAUAUAUUGACGGUUCAGACGAUAGUCGGUCUGGGUCCGACACGACGUAGGGAGCAUCGUGAUACACACACACACACACACACACAUAUAUAUAUAGAUAUGUAUAAGAGCCUCAACUCUCAAUAUAAAAGUUCUCC